AUGACUCCGCCCCCUCUCACCACUGCCACACUCAUGACUCCGCCCCCUCCCACCACUGCCACUUAUGACUCCGCCCCUCCCACCACUGCCAUACUCAUGACUCCGCCCCCUCUCACCACUGCCAUACUCAUGACUCCGCCCCCUCUCACCACUGCCACACUCAUGACUCCGCCCCCUCCCACCACUGCCACAAUCAUGACUCCGCCCCUCUCACCACUGCCACACUCAUGA